AUGAGCCCCUUCAUCUUAGCCACUCUGCUUUUCGCACUCGGCCUAGGAACUACAAUCACAUUCGCGAGCUCUCACUGAUUACUCGCCUGAAUAGGCCUUGAAAUUAACACCCUUGCCAUCCUCCCCCUAAUAGCCCAACACCACCACCCCCGAGCAGUUGAAGCAACUACCAAAUACUUUAUUACUCAAGCCACAGCCGCCGCUAUACUUUUGUUUGCGAGCGCCACAAAUGCCUGACUCACAGGACAAUGAGACAUUCAACUAAUAACACAUCCUCUCCCUGUCACACUUAUUACCCUUGCCCUUGCCCUAAAAAUUGGCCUCGCCCCCUUGCACUCAUGACUGCCCGAGGUAAUUCAAGGCGUCGAUUUCACUACAGGCUUAAUUUUGUCUACCUGACAGAAACUUGCCCCGUUUGCCCUCCUCCUGCAACUUCAACCGACCAAUUCCACACUCUUGCUUGCCCUAGGAAUUUCUUCUACCCUAAUUGGCGGCUGAGGUGGCCUAAACCAAACCCAACUCCGCAAGAUUUUAGCCUACUCUUCAAUCGCCCACCUAGGUUGAAUAAUCCUAGUCUUACAAUUUUCACCAUCACUAGGGGUUCUAACCCUUAUUAUCUACUUCACCAUAACAUUCUCUGCUUUCCUUAUAUUUAAACUAAACAACUCAACAAAUGUUAAUUCGCUAGCUAUUUCCUGAGCGAAAGCCCCCGUGGCCACCGCCCUUGCCCCUUUAAUCCUCCUAUCCCUUGGAGGGCUCCCUCCACUAACUGGCUUCAUGUCUAAAUGACUUAUUUUACAAGAAUUAACUAAGCAAGAACUAAUGCCACUGGCUACAAUUGCAGCUCUCUCAGCACUCCUGAGCCUCUAUUUUUACCUUCGCCUCGCUUACGCGCUAACCCUUACCGUAUCCCCCAACACCCUAAUUGGUAUUACCCCCUGGCGUCACCCAACGUCCCACCUCACCCUUUCCUUGUCCGCCUCUGCAAUCGCCACAAUCUUUCUUCUUCCAAUCUCCCCCGCCGUCAUAACCCUAUUCUCCCUAUA